CUGGUGUUCAACAAAAAUUCAGGUCCGGUCGUUCGGCGGUGACUAGAGAAGAAGGACUAAAUACUAUUUACCUUUUCCUCACUCAACCUUUGUUCCUUUUUUUCACAUAUUCUCCUCACACAUUCCCUUACGAUGCCUUCAGCUCACGAUCCCAUCGUUGCGGUGCCUGCGAACGGCGCCGUGAACGGCACUACCAAUGGCACAAACGGCGACUCUCAUUCUCGGCCGCACACGCCGAUGACCGGAAUGGCGUUGACAGAGUACAGCGUCAAUCCGUCUACACCGUCUGAGGAGAAGCGGGCGCGUAUUAAGGAGAUUGUGCCUGACGAGUAUCUCCUUCCUACAGGAUACCCAGAUUACCUUCGUCUUAUCGCCAGCGCCACAUCCCGAGUCUACGAGGCCUGCAAGGUCACUCCCCUCACACACGCUAUCAACCUCAGCAACCGACUCGAAUGCAAUGUCCUCCUCAAGCGUGAAGACGAGCAACCCGUAUUCAGCUUCAAGCUGCGCGGCGCUUACAACAAGAUGGCACAUCUCGACCCAAAGAAGAGCUGGAAGGGUGUUGUGUGCUGUUCUGCCGGUAACCACGCCCAGGGUGUCGCUUUUUCGGCACGUAAGCUCAAGAUCCCUGCGACCAUUGUCAUGCCUGAAGCGACUCCUAGUAUCAAGCACUUGAAUGUUGCUCGUUUGGGCGGCCAUGUUGUGUUGCAUGGCGCUGAUUUCGAUGCGGCCAAGGAGGAGUGCGCGAGAAGAGAGGUGCAAGAUGGUCUUAUCAACAUCCCUCCCUUCGACGAUCCCUACGUUAUCGCUGGUCAGGGAACCAUUGGAAAUGAAUUGUUUGGCCAGGUUAACAUGGCCAAGGUGGAGGCUAUCUUCUGCGGUGUCGGCGGUGGUGGUCUCAUUGCCGGAAUUGGUCUGUAUGUCAAGCGCAUGGCUCCUCACGUCAAGAUCAUCGGUGUUGAAGCCCACGACGCCAACGCCAUGGCGCAGUCGUUGAAGGCGGGAGAGCGGGUAUUGCUCAAGGAGGUGGGCCUGUUCGCAGAUGGUGCUGCCGUCAAGAUUCCUGGAGAAGAGACAUUCCGCAUCUGCAAGGAGGUUAUCGACGACGUUGUUGAAGUGACGACCGACGAGAUCUGCGCCGCUAUCAAGGACAUGUACGACGACACCCGAUCUGGCCUUGAGCCCGCUGGAGCCCUCUCCAUCGCCGGUCUCAAGAAAUACGUCUCCCAGAACCCCUCAAACGACUCGAAGCGAAACCUCAUUGCCGUCACAUCAGGCGCCAACAUGAACUUUGACCGUCUGAGAUUCGUCGCUGAGCGUGCCACCAUGGGUGAGGGUAAGGAGGCUUUGCUUGCCGUGCAGAUUCCCGAACAACCUGGAGCAUUCUCCGAGCUCAUCAACAACAUCAUGCCCCAUGCCGUUACCGAGUUUACCUACCGAUACUCGACAGACGAAGUCGCCAACAUCCUCAUUGGUGUGUCUCUGACCGCUCCCGCCCACCAGCGAUCAGAGGAACUCCGCUCUCUCAUGGACCGCAUCCAAUCCAACAACAUGAACGUAACCGAUCUAUCACAAGAUGAGCUUGCAAAGAGUCACAUUCGAUACCUCGUCGGCGGUCGAUCCGGUGUUCCCAACGAGCGACUAUACAUGUUCACCUUCCCCGAGAGACCUGGAGCCCUCGAGAAGUUCCUCGUGACACUUCGACCCAAGUUCAACAUCAGCCUGUUCCAGUACCGCAACUACGGCGGUGAUGUGGGUAAGAUUGUUACUGGCAUCUUAUGUCCUGACGACGAGGUUCCUGAGCUGGAGUCAUUUUUGCGCAAGAUCGGAUACCCCUAUGAAGACUGCACCAACUCGCAAGUGUUCAAGACAUUCCUGCGUACUUAGAGCGAGUUGACGAGAAGGCAUGAAUAUCUGGGUAGUGUAAUAUUCGGCGUUAGGUUCAUAAAAGGUGAUGUCCAGUUCUGUAAAAGACGGCUGUUGUUAUUUGGGCCACAGAUUUAGCGAAUUUGAACGAAACGAUGUAGACUGGAAUUAUGUGCAUGGGACAUUCAAUAUAGAAAUGGACUGAAGAGUACACCUGAGC